AACUUUUCGGCUAUAAUAACCGCUAGCGGCCGAUCACGUAUGUGACAUGGCGUCCGGGUAGAAAGAAAGUUGACUGUUAAAUAAGCGUUAAUGUUGUUUUUAUGACAUUGACCGACCGAAAAGGGAACAUCCGAGGCCGCGAAUUUCCCACAGACACCGGCAUUGAUGGUAAUGCAUGCGAGGAAACCACAAAGGAUCAGCGAUGGGUAGGGUACCGACGUCAAAUACCCAAUCCUGACACAACCAACCUCUACUCACCUCACCUCUCAUCUACAAAGUACUUCGAAAAGCACCAGGCCCAUCCCUAUCAGAACGCAAAAUAUAACAGUUCUAAGGGUGGAUACUCAUCAUCAACAACAUCAUCAGAUAGUCGUUACGAGGGACGUAUGCGAGAUUCCCCAAAUGGCAACUCUUAUAGUCCAGCAGGGGGCUUGGGUAUGGGCAUGGGAACAGAUAGAGACAGUCCUCGCAGCUACACAUCCAAGCCCCUAUACAAGAAGGAGAGAGAAAACAGAGACUACAAGUUAUCCUCCUCUAGGGACAAGUACUCGGAUUGUGCACGAUCCCCAAAAGACAAGAGAAGCCGUGAGAGCAGAGAUUCAGAACACAGGACCAACCAUGAUAGGAGUAGUGGAGAGAUUUUACAUCCUAUAAAAUUAUCAUCGAAUUCAUCAAGAGAGUCAUCAUCUCAGAGAAAACCAUCACAUAAUUCCUGUCAGGACAAACGUGGUGAUGAGCGAGGAGGUGCAAUGGAACGUUCGGCCAGGUUUGGUGAUUGGUCAGAACAUAUGAGUUCUUCGGGCAAGAAGUAUUAUUACAACUGCAAAACAGAAGUUUCUCAGUGGGAAAAACCACGGGAAUGGAUUAGUCGAACAGAAAACCGACAACGUCAGUCCAAUGAUUAUUCUUCUAGGUCAAGUCAUGAUAAACAUUCCAACUCGCGGUCAAAUAGUAGCAGUGUGCGAGAUGGUAAAUCAUCGCGUCAGUCCGACAAACGAGAAUAUUGGAGCUCAUGCAGUGGAAGUGGUGGUGGUAGUAGUAGAGAAGAUGUUUCUAUUAGGGAAAGGGAAAGGGAAAAAGAACGGGAAAGAGAACGAGAACGCGAAAGAGAUCGAGAACCGAGGGAAGAAGCGGGAGUGGAGCGUCAAGCACAAGAUAUGGAUAUAUCUCCAGGUGAUUCUACUCCAACCUCCGAACCUCUGACAUCUUGUACCCACGAUCCACUGCCUCAAGGUCCUGUUUUGUUAGCCACUGCGUUACCUCGGUUAACAUCACAUCCACCAUCUACACCACAAACACCUGGAAAGCUGAAUUCACCAACACAACAAGGAAACAGUAAUGCUCCAGGACCACCGGUUUCAUUAGCAAAUCUUCCAAGGCUUUUGUCUCAAAUCACAGGCAAUAAGGAACAACCCGACAUUACACCACAGAAGGCAUUACAAACACUUCAAACAGCUGCUAUUCUAUUGUCUAGACAACAGUCAGCUAGUGGUGACCGAAAUAAUAGUGGAAAUGACGUAAUGGUUCCACUAAAGGUUGAUACAAGUGGUAAUGUUACAAAUGAGGGACCACCUACUCCCACACAUUCGGAAACCCAGGAUUGUAUCGAUGCUCGAAAAUUAACAAGUCCUGGGGCGACGAAUUCUGGAGUACAAGGUUUAAGCUCAUUGCAAAAUCUUAGUACAUUAGGUUCCCUUGGAAAUUUAAGUAAUACAGGUUUACAAGCAUUGUCUAGAGUACAGCCUCCUUUAACACCUUCCUUAACACCAUCACUUGCUAAUCACUAUCGGGAAGAUUUAACGCAACACGUGCGUGCCUUUCCUGCUGAUAUUCUUGAAAAACAGGCACAGAAGCUUAGUGAAGAAGCACACACAAUGGGAAGUUUGCAGUGUACAAGAGUGUCGGCAGAGUUAAAGACGGCACGAUCGAUAGUGAGGCUGACAGAAAUUCAAGCAACGUUACAGGAACAAAGGAUAUUAUUUCUCCGUCAACAAAUUCAAACAUUGGAGGAGCUAAAAUCCCAAAAUUCCUUCAUGUCUGACGAUUCUUAGUGUAAGAAACUUUAUAAGUAAUUAUAAUUACAAUCUAUAAUUGAUUCAUGCAAAAAUAAAACAUAAUUAUUAAUAUUCUCAUUAAUAUUGAAUAAUUAAGAUUGUACCUAAAUUAUAAUAUCAUGAUAGAAAUGAUAAAGAUAGUAAUGAAUAUGGGCUGCCCAGAGAGGAUUGGCUGUUCCAUCAGAUAGUGAGUCAUAUUACAACUGAUUAGGAAACCCACCUCUCUAGGAAGCACAGGAGGCCUAUCCACACGCAGACACAACACACUAAGCAAAUAGAAAAUGAAUCUAUUCUAUCAGUUCAUUGCAAACUAUUGAAUUGUCCACAUCGUCUUGUAUUACCUAUGUUAUACGUGUCAAUGUUUCAUAUCCCAAGAUUAAGCGGCAUUUUAACUAGUUGAAACAUUUUUGUUGUAAAUCUCGGAAUAAAAUUCGUGCCAGAAA